AUGUCAUUGAAGCAGACUACACAGCUUCUUCGAGGAAUUCGUAAUAUCAGCUCGACGGCAGUUCGUCAUACAUACGAACAGCAGCUUGCCAAGUCUGCCGAGAACGUCAAUGUUCUAUUGGAGAACUCCGACAGACUGUCGUACAUCCUCGCCCAGUAUAUCCCAGAACCAGCUAGGAACGGGUUUCUAGCUAUCAAGGCAUUUGGGCUAGAGGCAAAUAAGAUCACCGAUGGUGGAUCUGCCUCUGGAUCCAGGGCGCUGAAAGCACUGAAUCAGCUUUCAUCCUCUAUGGGCUUAACUACAGCCGACAUGAAGUUCAAGUUCUGGUCAGAUAUGGUUUCGAAAGCAUUCACAGACCAAGGCGAGCUCCAUGAACCUACAGUAUUUCUUUUAAGAGACGCUUUGCGUCUGGGCCUUAAUCUGGACAUUUCAUACUUCCACCAGUACCUUCAGACAAGACGGUACUUUCUUCAAUCGAAACAGUUCAAGAGUGUCGAAGAUAUCUGUUCAUACGGUGAAGGUACUUACUCACAGCUUAAUUAUGCUACACAGGCAUUGCUUCUCCUGCCUCUGAUUUCGCCUUCUGUCAUUCACUUGUUGGAGCUUUCGCCCCAAUUGCAGAAUAAGGUCAGCGACAUUGCAGCUCAUAUUGGCCAGGCCACUGCUGUCAGUUCGAUGAUAUUGGGCUUUGAUUACUAUGCAUCGACUCGUAAUAUUGUCACAAUGCCUGUGGAUCUUAUGACCAAGUUUGAACUUUCUCAGGAAUUGGCGAUUCGUUUAGCCCAGGGUCACAUAAAGGAUGCUACAGAAAAGGAAGAAGCCAUUGAGAAAUUGCAAAAUGUUGUUUUCGAAACUGCGGUGACUGCCAAUGACCACUUGAUUUCAGCUCGUCUGAAACUCACGCAAGUGAGGGAGGAUAUUGCUAAGCUCGUAAAGAGCAAACCACACGAUUCAUUGCUUCAGAGGAACUUCAAAAAGUGGAGAAAAGGUAUUCCAGAUGUUAUUUUCAUCCCAUUCAUGAAUGCUAUUCCUACAUCGCUCUACUUGGAGAAGUUGGAGAAGAAUGACUUUAACAUGUACAGUCCAAAAUUGAAGCAGAAGGAGUGGCGUCUAGGCUGGAGAUCUUUCCGUAACUACUACAAGAGGGUAAUUUAA